GGAAGUUUCAUCGUAGAGCCGUGCAGGUCUGCUAGGGCGAUCUUUUAAAAUAUAAUUCUAUUAAGUCUAACUCGUCGGACUUGGCAGGGGGUUUUUGCUAAAAAUAAUCCUUUCCCGUUCAAAUUGUGCUAAGGCUUUAGCAGCUUGUUACUGGUGUGCUCGCUGUACGUGCAAAACUGAUUAUAGUCUCACAUGUUACAUAACCCGCAUCGACAGAUACAAUGAAAACGUUAGUCCGUGUCUUAUAAAUAUAUUACGCAACCAGUACUUCUUGCGAGACAUCUAAAGGGAAAUUGAUUCUUUGUGUAUCGCCGGCGAGAGAAGCCAAGACAUGGCGCAUGAUUUUUCGCUCUGUGACAGAGGCCGGACACUUAAACUUUUGUCUUCUUCCGUCAACACAUCACAUUUUCCUCCAAUCACACAUGGCACAAUUGGUCGAUCAGGCCAUUGACAAGGCCGGCCCAGUAUUUAUAGCGGUUGCCGUGCUCCUUAUUGACAUGUGCGCUUUAGCAUAUUAUUUCGUGGUUUUUCCGUACUCACACCAAUGGUCCGAAGCAUCAUUUUUUGGCAAGCUAUGCAUUAUCCUAAUUUUCGUCUUCACUGUCUACAUGGUCUACUGCAUUCAUUUCCACUACUAUAUGGCGAUCAAAACACACCCGGGUACAAUGGCCGAAAUAUGCUCAAAAGAUUUAGACCGGCCGUCAGGAUCCACGAUGCCAGAGAACGAGGUCCAAGUACACGAAGUUCUUCUUGAUAUGGAAGAAUAUUCUGACUGUCCAAAAACCUGCAAAAAAUGCCAUUUACCGAAACCUGAGCGAGCACAUCAUUGUAGUGUAUGCAACCAAUGCAUUAUGCGUUUCGACCAUCACUGCCCUUGGAUCCAUAAUUGCGUAGGACACUAUAAUCAUCGGUAUUUUGUGUUGUUCAUGACCUAUUUGGUGGUUUCGGCAGCAUAUUUUGUUGCGUUUGGCUGGCGUCCUUUUGUUGUGUCUUUAGAUCUGAUCACCAGCGAUUGGCCAUAUUACUUUCCACGACCUUUGAUGGCAUUCUCGAUGAUUCUGGCGAUAUGCAUGGGCAUUGCAAUAGGCGCGCUUUGUGUGUGGCACUAUUAUCUGAUUUUCACAGCCCAAACAACAGUCGAAUUUUAUAACAACUAUUACGAUAAGAAACAGUGCAAACGGCAAGGAGAGGUUUUUAUCAAUAUGUACGAUUUUGGGUUCAAAGAGAACGCUCGCCGAUUUUUCAACGUGUGCGAGCAAUUCCCUUGGUACACCAUUCUGUACCCGAUACCCAUUCCGCCAAGAGGCAACGGUCGAGUAUUUGAAAAGUGCGAAGAAUUCUACUUGUUGCCAAAGUCACGGCAACGAGAGCAAAUCGAAAUGCAGCACGAAGUACAAGAUCUGGAGGACAUUAAGGAUAUAUAAAGCACACUUGCAUGUAACUUGCUCAUUACAUAACACUGCUCCUGCUGCUGCUGCUUAAUCUGUUAUCUUAUCCCUUGCAAAAUAUCAUUUUUUACAACAAUUCAUCCCUACUUAUUACUGUAUAAAGUUAUCAAUCAUCACCAAUAAAGUUAUGAAACAUUAUCAAUCAUUUAGAUAUGAAGUAGUGU